AUGCUACGUAGCGUAUCCUAUUCCGGCUGCCAUCUGACAUCAAUGUGACUUCUUCUCAUUUACCCAAGUUGCGCAAUGUUCACAUUACUGUGGAUGCCGCAAGUACCGAGCGAGGCUUUCACAUGUCCGUCGGCCCUACCUAGGUAGCCUCCAUACAUCCAGUGACCGCAUCAUAUGUUGAAAGCCUCACGCGAGCUGCGCACACUGACACUGCAUGCAAAACCUCCAUAAUCUACACUCAACCCAUCCAGACAGGUUUGCGACGUGUAUAAAGACGAGGCACGUACUUUGUAGCCCCAACCGUAGCUGCCUUAUGACGCAGUUCUGGAGGAGCUAAGCACUGCAUGGCAGCACUAGACACACCCUGGCUAGAGCAUAUGUCCAGCCCUUCAAAGAGCACCAACGAUGCGUCGCCGCAACCCUCCGGCGACCCCAACCCGCCAACUUAUGCCGCCUUCUCGCCCUCUAACAUAGGGCAGGCGACGCCGCAAACAAAGCUCCGAUCCGCUAUACUCGUACAUCAAAAAUCCCCACUGCUUGCUGCGACGCCGCCGCAGGUCACUCGAGUCCUUGCAUAUUCGCAUCCGUUCCUUCUGCCUCUGAACAAACUGGCUGGGCUGAUAACAUGGACGACUGCCGACCCGUGGGAGAGCUUCAUACUGGUCGCCAGCUUCUGGGCAGUAGUAAUGUACGGAGAUGCCGUGACAAGAUAUGCUGGACCUAUUAUUGUAGUGACCAGUUUGAUCUUGGGCAUGUACGCGCGCAGAUACUCGCCACUGUCAUCAACAGGAUGGACGGGGGAGAAAGGUCAGAGCCAGAAGGGUCACAAGCGCGCAGAGUCGGACGUCAACAUCAAACAUCAUAAGAGCUUGGAAGAUAUUGUGGACGACUUAAAGCUGUUCACCUCGCGCUGCAACAUCCUACUGGACCCAUUUCUACGGUUGACGGACUUUCUUUCUACCCAGCGCACUGCAACAUCCGCCACAACACGGCCCGCGCUUACCGUUCUGUUCAUCCGUAUACUCUUUGUUCUACCGCUCUGGAUUGCCUUGAGUCUGCCUCCCCUUUAUAUCCUCACAACGAAACGAGUCGUACUAGCAGUUGGCACGGUAGUCCUCAGCUGGCACUCCCGCCCAGCGCGCGUGACCCGCACUCUUCUGUGGCGCUCACGCACAGUCCGCCGGAUUUGUGUUUUCGUGACUGGUCUGAACUUCGGCGAUGCACCCGUCAAAGGCGCCCAGGCACCCCCUCUUCCUCCUCGAAAGAAGAGUACGCAAGAAGUCGCAGCCUCACUAGUGGCGAAACGACGACCUGAAUCAACAGGGGUACGCUUUACAUUCUCAAUCUACGAGAAUCAGCGGCGAUGGCUCGGCAUUGGUUGGACAUCCUCGAUGCUGGCCUACGAGCGGGCGUCCUGGACAGACGAGCACAUGAAUGCAGUCCCUGACAAGGAACACUUCGAGCUCCCUGAUGUCGACGGCGGUGCAUCACGAUGGCGCUGGGUACAAGGCAGCGAGUGGAAGAUCGAAGUCGGCGAGCAUGACAGUAAAACUUCAAAGGCAGCCAACAAGGAGGAAAUGGGCUGGAUCUACUAUGACAACAAGUGGCGGGACGGCCGCAGAGGCCAAGACGGCUGGGGCCGCUACACGCGCCGCCGCAAAUGGUACCGCUCCGCCGAACUCGUCGAGUGUACGCCCAGCACCGAAAUCACACCCGUACCCACCCCCCGCGCCGAUCCCCUCCAACCCCUCUCCCCAGACCCAAACCACCUCACCCGCCUCUCCUCCAACACCUCCACCUCCUCCAGCCGCGAUCCCACGCUCGUGCCCAGCGAGUACGCGGCCUCUGUUGCGUCGGAGGGCGGCGAUGAUGACGCAGCAAGCACUCAGAGUAAGCGCGGCUGGUUCAAGAAGAAGAAGCGGACUAAGAGCAGCUCGGGCAGUUUGGGCAGGGAGACUGUGGGCAGCGGGGGAACGGACGGGGGCCGCGACCGCGACGAAGACGACAUUGUGACGCCGCUGCAGAGGGCGGCGAGGGAGGAGGAGUGGCGGCUCGGCGAUGAUAUUAGACAACAUUUGGAUAUCUAGGGACCUGCGGGUAUGUUAUGUUUAGUCAAUAUUGUAAUGGGUUGGUCUUUUGGCUGGAACUGGUUUCAUGAGUAUACCCGUUGGUGUUGCGUUGAAUGCGGUUAUAGGUACUGCUACAGAAAGGAACGUCACUUGUAUGUACAGAAAAAGGUCUUGUUCGUUUAUCGUGAUUCAUGCUACAUGCUAUCUUCCCCCUGUCUGUUCCCAAAACGCCACAGAAGGCGCAUGCAUUGUG